AUGGUGCUUCUAAGUGUGAAACGCGGAGACGAGGUCCUCUUCUUGUUCGAGACAAGUGUCAAGGAAAAGACCGACUCGGUGUUGCGGGAUCUGGUGGCCCUCUAUAAUGGCCAACUAAAGAUUCAGCGUGUCUGCAUGGAGAUUGAGGAGCUGGCUGAACAUGGCACCAUGGUACCGGCCGAAAUGAUUGGCCUAAACGAGGACCAAAGAGAAGAGCUGAAACUGAAGGAUGUUUGGGCAGAUAAGUGCAUCCCGUCGGGUGGUUUCACCAUCAACAAGGAUCCACUUCUUCGCCGUAAUGGGCAGCAGCCUACUGAGGCGAUGCAGAAGGUCCUGGCGAAUGCCAUGACCGAUGCCAAGGCUAUGGUGAAUCGGGUAAGAUAUGGGGCAUGA